AUGCUCGACGUUCGCAUUUCAGAAACAUCUGAAAACGAAAUAGUUUUGUGCAUUAUAUUUGAUGUGGAUGAAAACUUAACACUUGAUACUAUUCGCUAUAGAAUUCUGAAAGAAACAAAAGAAUUACUCAAGGGGGAUUACAGGUUUACUGUAUCUGGUGUCCUUCUGAGUCUAGCUCAAGAACAAACUGUCCUCGUCAGUGAGGCCAUAACAUCGGAGCGAGGCGAGCCAAUGAUACGAUAUCAAUUGUGGUACGGAGAAAAACAAGGGCCUAUAUAUAAAUCAGUGCCAGUGGAGACGAAGUGGAAAGAUGCCCAACAAAUUAACAAUGUCAAUGAAGAACAAGGGACAUCCAGAAAGACAACGCCAGAAGCAACGUCGCAAAACCCAAAG